CUCGUAUCACAGCCCGUCGUAGAAGCGAACCAAGCCUGCAAGCUGAAGAGCCCACAGAUGUCUUUCUCAGCCGUACCUGAUGGGUUGAUAACCGAGAUCUUUGUGGCCGCCAAAGAGUGGCACUGAUAAAGUCCGCCCGCUCGUCCCUUGAAUGGCACGGAGCACCGCCAGAACGAUAUUCACUUCACUCGCCUCACGAUCUCUCACUCGCAGAAAUGGUGCUCUCCGCCUCCUUCUCCGUCAGCUUUGCCCUCCUCCUCCAACUCUCCGCGGCCAGCUCUGUACCAGUUGUCCGACGCAUGCCACAAGAUCGCCGAGUGAGCGCCAACAACCUCCGAAACCGUGCCACGUUCGUUGGCGCAGCACCCCUACGGGCACAAACAUGUCCUACGGAGCUCACAGAUUGUGGCGUGAGCGGCGCUCUCGGAACUCAUUACUGCUGCCCAAAGGACACCGUGUGCGCCGCGGAUACCACUGAUUACGAUGAUUGUUCUAACUUGGUGCGGACAUCCCCGAACUGUGCCGAUCCGGACUGGGAGCUAUUCACGUACACGCGCACCGGCUGGCCGAUGCCCGAUACUCUCGUCGAGCACUUUUGCUGUCCCAAAGGCCAGCUGGGCUACUUCGGAGAGCCGGGAAGUCAAGGGAGAACCGGAGGUGAGGCUUGUGGCGAGGCCCCGCUUAAUGUCGCUUCAAGUCUCUUGGCAACUGUUACGAGCCCAUUUGCCGGCGCAACCAGCGCUCCCGGAUCCGGCGGCAGCCAGACGCUCAGGACCGCUACUGGCGCCGCAGCAACCGCCACCACCGGAGUCGGGAAGAUCAAUGUUACGCCUGGUGCGACAAACACGAUAGUCGGUGGAGCUAGCACGAGCACUGCUGCCGCUGGUGGAGCUGGUGGUGGAGGAAUAAAGACUUCGACCAUGGCUGGCAUCGCAGGGGGCGCCAUCGCCCUCAUCAUCUUGCUGGCAUUCGCAUUGUGGUUUGCUUACAAGUCCGGAAAGAAGAAGGCUGGCGCGGCUGUCUUUCCCACCUCUCAGGUCCCCCCUCCACAGCCUUAUCACGGUCAGGGCCAAGUCGGCGGAGCACAGCAAUAUCACGGCCAUGGCCAAGUAGGAGGAGCACAGCAAUAUCAUGGUCAUGUCCAGGUCGGUGGAGCACCACCACCACCGCCAUCCACAACGGUUACUCCUCACCAUACCGGCGGGACAGCACCACCCAUGUAUCCUCCCAACCGACCACCGGUUCCAGCACAACACGAUCCAACUGCAACGAUUCCGGAGAAGGAUGCGGACUACACGCGGGAGGAGUUGGAUGGAAACCCAUACCACGGAGUCGUGCAUGAGCUGGCCGGGGCUAAACUUAGGGACCACAAAUAGAGGUUGGAGUGAAAUGGCACUCACGCCUGGUUAUUUGCUUUCGAGGCAGCCCGGGAGGUAGAGAUUUUCAAGCUGUUCACUCCAUGUAUCUUACCGUAGACUUUAUUUUGAAAGUGUGUUACGUGGGAGCUCGAGGAUAACAACCGUC